AUGUUUCCAUAUACAUCGACACAGUUAAUUUCAAUGCAUCCACACCAGCACCAGCAACAACAUCAUCAUCAGCAACCGCCACAGCCGACUCCUCAGCCACCGCCAAUGUAUUCUCAACCACAGCAGCCAAGUAUCGUGUUCUAUCCAUACAGUCAACUACAAUCAAUACAACCAACGUAUCCGGCACCAGGUUUAACAUCUAUUCGAUAUAUUCAACAGCCACGCGAGCCACAAAAACAGAAAUACCGAAGUGACCAAAUAGUGCCGCGUUCUUCACCACCAAUCACCUCACCAAUUCAACAGCAAAUUCAACGUUCUAGUCCAAUCAAUAUGGUGCCAUUAUCAUCGCCGAACAUGUGGAUGAAUAAUACAACAUUACAGAAUCCGGCUCUAUUUCGACCGAUCAUUCGUACAAUAUCUAAUGCUAAAAUGGAUGAUAAAUCUCAUAACAAUAUGGUUAAUAAUACUGGAACAGUAACGCCAGCACUACCAGCUGCAAUGUCGUUCGAAUCUCCGAAAUUAUGUCGUCAUCAUCAACAUCAUUCGAAACGACAAUCAUCAAACGACAAUCAUCAACAACGUCAACGUCAACGUCUUAAUAGUGGCUCGAGUUGUUAUGGCUCUGAUUCACCUAUGUCUAGUGACAAUGAAGAUCCAUCCGACACACGAACAGUCAACCCGAAAACAGUUACUUUAAUAUCAUUAACUGCCAAAAAACGACGACAUUCGAUAGGUCGAACUGAAUUGACCAAAGUUAAGCAUGUAACUAAGGAUACUCAUAUUCCAUCAUUAAGUAUUAAUAGCAGUGGUUUUGGAACGAACAAUACCGUCACUUCAACGACGGCGACCCAUAGUUCGUCAACAAAAACAACUACAAGUGUAGCUUCUCGGCCUAAACUCCUUCAAUAUAUCGAAGAAAAUGUUAUUGGAAAAGAUUAUAUCUUUCAAGGACCAUGGGGCUUAAGACGAAUGAUCUACUGUGAUUAUACAGCAUCAGGUCGACCGUUACAUUUCAUUGAAAACUAUAUAAAAAAUUCGGUGCUUCCUUUAUAUGGAAAUACACAUAGUGAAACAAGCUUAUGUGCGCAACAGUCAACGAAAUUUCGUGAAGAAGCUCGCCUUAUUAUCAAAAAAUCUGUCAAUGCUAAUGAUGAUGAUGUUUUGCUGUUCACUGGCACUGGUUCAACGGGUGCUGUUCACACACUUGUUGUUAAUUUUGAACUUCACGAUGAAACUGUUCGUAAAAAUACGGUAGUGAUGAUCAGUACAUUCGAACAUCAUAGUAAUAUUUUACCAUGGAAGGAAACUGGUGUGGAAAUGAUUCGUAUUCCAACAACUCAACAAGGCAUACUUGAUAAAGCAGUUUUCGAAGAACGAUUACAACAUUAUUCGAAAUUGAACAAACGUAUUAUCUGUUCGUUGAAUGCGGCGAGUAAUAUUAGUGGAAUUUUAACUGACGUCGAUGCCAUAUCAACAUUAGUUCACGAACAUUCGGGUUUUAUUCUGUGGGAUUACGCAACUGCUGCGCCUUAUGUUAAAAUUGAUAUGAAUCCAUCAUCGACUGCUUACAAAGAUGCCAUAUUCAUAUCCACGCAUAAGUUUAUUGGUGGGCCCGGUACACCAGGUCUAUUGAUUGCAAAAAAACGUUUAUUCAGUUUGAAAGCACCGAAAGCUUGCGGUGGUGGCACAGUGAAUUUCGUUACACGUACUUGUCACGAAUACAAUCAUAAUAUCGAAACUCGUGAAGAAGGUGGAACACCAGACAUCGUCGGUUGUAUACGUGCUGGCCUUGUCUUUCAAUUGAAAGAUGCGAUUGAUAUAAACUAUUUACAAGCACGUGAAGAUGAACUCUGUAAACGCUUUUAUCGACGUUUUAAAAAAAAUGACACUUUAAUUCUUCUCGGUUCUCAAACGGCUCCACGUAUACCUAUCUUCUCAUUUCUUAUCUAUGUACCAGGUGUAUGCAAGUACCUACAUCAUAAUUUCGUUUGUCUACUAUUAAAUGAUCUCUUCGGAAUCCAAGUACGAUCUGGUUGUGCAUGUGCUGGACCAUAUGCACUCGAUCUAUUGAAUAUUGACAAUGCGAAAACAGACAUUUAUUGCAAAUUUAUGACUGAAGAUGCUUGUGCGCGAGGUGAUGAUCACAUUGUUCGAACUGUAAUGAUGAAACCAGGUUUUACACGUCUUAAUCUUUCAUUCUUUGCAAAUGACUAUGAAAUCGAAUACAUUCUUCAUGCUGUUCAAUUCGUAGCUACUGAAGGAUGGAAAUUUUUACCACUAUAUACGUACAAUCCAGUCACGGCUGGUUGGAGUCAUCGAAGUGGUUUCGCACUUGCACAAUCAAGUCUCAGAGAUAUUACGUACAAAGCUGGUAAAAUGCAAUAUUUCGGCAGUAAAAAACAUACAUUGCCCGCUCGGGGUGAGAAAAUGGAUCCCUUUCGUGAAGCGAAAUUAAUGGCUGCGGAUGCUGUACGUCGUGCAUUUAAUGCAAUUGAUUAUACAUCUGAUCCUCCGUUGAAUGUGCCAGAUAACUAUAAGCAUAUGAUUUGGUUUACCCUACCAAUUGAUAUUGCUUUAAUGAUGAGUAAACAGAAAGAAGCUGGAGAAGACUUAAAUGCUAACAUUAAUUCGAUUCCGUUCAUGCCCGAAGAAGCUAAGGAAAAACUUAUCAAUUCACCCAAAACAAGUGAAUUAUCAAAUAAUCCAGUUGAACCUCGAAAGAAACACCAUUCCGUUCGGUUGAUUGUCGUUCGACAUCCUACGAGAUAUUUGCAAAACAGCAAAGUUGGAUACAUUGUCGCAAGAGAUUAUUUUCUUUUUCAUCUUCGUCUUCUGAAUAAUUAUUUGACUAAUGUAAAUUUGAUUUACUCAUUGAAAAAAAAAGAAGAAAGAAGAAAAAUAACAAUGUUAUUUCGAAUCUGUUGUCUCCUUGGACUUCUGUCGAUUCAUUCAGCAUUGCAAUUGAACUUUUAUACGUCUGUUGGACAAUUUCGAGAGGAAAUUGCUGUCAACAAUGGAUCAUUGCGAAGAUAUUUCUCGGAUCAAGAGUAUCAUAGUGUCAUACCAGGAACGAUUGAUUUUCCUGGACAAAGGAUUUUGGAACAAGAUGUCUACAAUUCCAAUGAAGAUUUACGAAACAUGGAAAUUUAUGUUCGGUCAACUCAAUGCGACGAUGAAGAAGCAACGAAAGCACGACUGAUUGAUCCCUAUUCGCUAUUGAUUAAGUACGAUUCAUCACGAUACACGUAUGUAUCACGUGAUCAGAUUGAAUUUAAUCAAGAUCCGAAUAUGAAUGGAAUGAUCUUAUCGGUGCGAUUGGAUAACAAAACUAGCACAAAAGCCAAUAUGACUUAUUUAUCUCGUGGGCUUUGGUGGACACCGAGAUAUGAAAUAAUUGUCGAUGAUAAUCAUCUUGCCACACUUCGAGCUUUAGCUGAUCUCACCAAUGAACACGAACAUUCUUAUACAAUAGAAAACAGCCAACUGAUCACUGGAAGUGUCCCGUUAGCAUCAACAUCGCUUCGAGUACCUUCACCCAUGGACUCUGAACGGAUUGAAUUCAUGGCCACUCCACUGGCUGAUUCACCCACACCGAUAUCAGCCAAACCUGAUGCUACUAGUUUCGGUACAUACUCAUACAAUCUAACUCGUAAAUUUACUCUUCUUCCAAAAUCAAUUAAAACAUUUCCAUUUCUGACAACAACAAUCACGUUAAACUAUACACUAGAAGCUACAACCUAUUUAUCAGUUGGUACAACAUCAGGCCAAUUUCAACGAAUAUUCAUUAUCCAACCAGCGGACUUUUUACCAGCCGGUACAAUAACCUUCUAUUUAGCAUCCACAGGCUUAACAUUAGGUCAAAGUCGUUUACCAGACACAGCAAAGCAAACACAACAGAGUCUUAAUCUAGGAGGUGAUCCUGAUGUGAAAUUUCAAAUUAUAAGUGUUGUGACUGCUAUCCGGCAGACACCCACGUACGGGCAAGAUCUGAAUGUUAACGUGACGCUUUCUAAUCGAAAGGAAAAACAAACUGUUUCUGUAACAUUAACACUCAAUAGUGGUUAUCGUAAUACAACGUCAACACUCAGAUAUCAAUCAUCAUCAAACAUCACUAUUACACAGGAUCCGAACAAUAAAUCAGUGUUAAUUAUUCACGCUACUAUUCAGCCAAAUGAAGAUGAAACGUGCGUAUUUGCUGUUAUUCAAAUAAACUGA